AUGACCGUUGCUGGAGGUCAUGGAAAAGGCAAUGCCACCAAUCAACUUCACCGUUCUGAAGGUCUAUUCGUUGAUGAUGAUCAAACGAUGAUCAUCGCUGACUUCGGCAAUAGUCGUAUCAUCCAAUGGAAGAUGGGUGAUACGAAUGGUCAAAUGGUAGCUGGUAGCCAUGGCGAAGGAAAUCGAUUGGAUCAAUUGGAUCGACCAAGUGAUGUGCUAAUCGACAAAGCGACGGAUAGUCUCAUUAUAUGUGAUCGAGUGAAUCGACGAGUCGUACGAUGGUCUCGUCGUAGUGACACAACUAAAGGAGAAAGCCUCAUCGACAACAUCGGUUGUUGGGGAUUGACCAUGGAUGAUCAGAGAUAUCUCUACAUCUCUGACAUCGACAAACAUGAAGUAAGACGAUAUCAAAUAGGAGACAAGAAUGGAACUCUCGUGGCUGGUGGCAAUGGCAAAGGUGAUGGUCUCAAUCAAUUCAACGCGCCGAGAUUUAUCUUUCUCGAUCAACAACAGGCUGUUUACGUGUCAGACAACUGGAAUCAUCGUGUGAUGAAAUGGAAUAAAGGUGCAACAGAAGGAAUUGUCGUCGCUGGGGGUCAAAGCAAAGGGAAUGCUCUGACAGAAUUGUCGUAUCCUAACGGGCUGUUCGUCGAUAUGUUGAGUACCCUUUAUGUGGCAGAUUCGUAUAAUCAUCGAGUGAUGCGUUGGCCUAAAGAAGCGAAACAGGGCACAGUUAUUGUGGGUGGAAAUGGUCAAGGAGCAGGAGCAAAUCAGUUAGCCUAUCCCACUGGUUUGUCCUUCGAUCGACAUGGCAAUCUCUAUGUCGUCGAUCAGUCAAAUCAUCGUGUUCAACGAUUUUCAAUUGAAUAG